UUAGUCGUUGAAGCAUUCGAUCAUGGCUAUCCGACUCGUCGCGAUACGGCUGAUCUCUUCAUCAAUAUUCAUGACGAUAAUCCAUCUGCUCCUGAAUUUGAUCAGUUUCGAUACGAUGUGACAAAGGUCGCGCCGAUUCCAGCCGGUUCGGUUUUGGUGACGUUACACGCUGACGAUCCAGAUCCAGGUCUUGAAGGACAAAUCGUCUACCGAUUCGCACCUACGGAUGAUUCAAGAGCUGCGGAUAGACUAUCGAAAUUCAGCAUUAAUCCCAAAACAGGACAACUGUCAACGAAAGUUCGCUUGACAUCAGAAGAUAGAACACCGCUGCAGUUCAUUGUUGAAGCCGUCGAUCAAUCACCAACAUUUCCGAGAAAAACCGAAACCGUCGUUCGAAUAAAUAUUCUCUCGGAUAGUGUCGAACAAAUCAGUUUUCUUCCACUUCCAAAAAGGGUUUACGUUUCCUCGUCGAAAUCGCCCGGAAGUGUAGUUUUGAAAGUAUCCGCUACACAAACGAUUUCGCCACCGAUAUUUUCGGCUAUCGAAAGCGAUUCGCUGGGAUAUUUCGAGAUGAUUGGUGAUGAAUUGCGGGUGAAGAGUAAGUUAUCAGAUGGUAACGUCAAUGUCACAUUACGUGUUGAUGCUGGUUCUGCAUUUGCCGAGCACGUCCUCAAUGUGAUCAUCAUUGCCGAUCGUGAUAAAUAUCCGGUUUUUCCUAAUCUCACGUACGACGUGAAGGGUGACUUAUACGCAUCCAAAGAAUUCGUUGAUCUUUAUCGUGACAAGCCGACUGUAUUCACAGUAGUACGUGCAAGGAACGCUGAUUACCCACACUACUACUCAGACGUUGGCGUGGCAUUGAGUGUAUCGAAUGAUGAUCAAGGUUUUUCGUUUCCGAUCAAGCUCUAUCGCUUGCUUCUUCGGGAAAACUCGCCAGCCGGAACGAUUUUGAAUACGACCGUUACUGUAGGUAACCGUGCCGCUUACGACGAUGUCAAAUACGGGUUAAUACCAGCAAAUCUCUUCUCAAUUGAUGACGAUGGCGUUAUAAGGGCGCUCCAGCCGAUUGAUGCGGAAAAAUUGUCGCGCGAUUCGAGGGGAAUCAUCCAAAUGAUCGUUUUCGCACACAGCGGCAAAGACGAAGCGAAUGCCACUAUUCAAAUCAAGAUUGAGGAUGUGAAUGAGUUCGCACCGAAGUUUGAUCGUCUUUUGUAUGAGUUCAAUGCGCCUGAGAACAUCGAACCAGGCCAAACGAUCGGAACUGUGCAUGCUUUCGACGAGGAUAUCUCUGAGGGCAAUCGACUGACAUACCGAAUUACAGAAGGUGACGAGCGAUCGAUGUUUGUGAUUAUGAACAAUGGAUCAAUAUUCAAAUCAGAUGCUGGUCGUUUAGAUUACGAAACAACAAAAUCCUUCAAUUUGACAGUAACGGCUGCUGAUAGAGGUGGAAACUCGGCAGAAACCAAGGUUCUGGUACAUGUGGAGGACAUCAACGAUAACGAACCAAAAUUUGUGGAGCCUUUGAUGUGGAACGUCUCAGAAGGCCGGGAACAUGUUGGAGAAAAAUUCGUUAUUUCGGUGACUGACGCAGACGCUGAUCAGAAUGGCGAGGUUGUGUUCAGCCUUAUUCAAGGCAAUCAGAACAAUUCAUUCAACCUGAAAUCACUACCACAUAACAAGGCUGAGCUGAGUGUGAUCAAUGAGUUGGAUCGUGAAAAGACGCCGCGUUACACGCUAACGAUUGAAGCACGAGAUCACGGCACACCAGCGCUCUUCUCGAUUGCGACCGUUGUGGUGAAUGUGAUCGAUGAAAACGAUUCACCACCAUUCUUUAUUCAGGAUGAAUACGAACAAAAUGUACCUUUGGAUUUGCCUGUUGGCUUUCCAUUGCUGACCGUGCGAGCAGAAGAUGAUGAUCUGAAAUCGAAAUUGUCUUAUAGUAUCAAUUUAGACCCAACCGGAAUGUUUGCAGUCGACAAUAAUACUGGUGCGAUAUCGUUCGCAGUAGGUGUUGAUAAACGCAAGUCUGGUUUGUACGAGAUUGCAGUUGAUGUUAGCGAUGGCAUUCACUCAUCGACUGUCAUUGCUAGCAUUGAAAUUUACGAGUCCAAUAAUACGGCUGCCACCCAUAACAACUCUCAGUCCGUUACCCACGCAAGUCUCAAUGAUGCACCAAUUCCGACGAAUGAUACGUAUGAAUUUUUUGUCAACGAGGGUUUUGUUGGUGCGAUUGGAGAGGUGCAAUUUACCGAUGCAGAUAAUGAUGAAAUCACUCUAAGCAUUGAACCCAAAUCCUAUAGAAGUCUUUUCGCAAUUGAUCCGAAGAGUGGAAAAUUGUCGGUGAAAAAAGCGCUCAACUAUUCGAUGGAAUACGAACGCUAUACAUUUUUGGUACUAGCCACCGAUACGGGUGUACCGCCAUUAACAGCAUUUGCGAAUGUUAUCGUCACUCUGAUCGACACCAACGAUCAUGCACCAGUAUUCAACCAGAACGACUACUCAGUUAUACUUCCCUCAGAUGCCGUCAUACCAUACCCAGUUCCAUUGAGAAUAAUUGUUCGUGAUGGUGACCAUGGCGAGAACGCAAAAAUUCGUUACUCAUUAAAAGGAAAGGAUGCUCACUGUUUCGCCAUUGAUUCAGAACGCGGUUCAUUAACAUUCAACUGUGAUCUCGCUAACUCCGCGCCGAAGACAAAUUAUACGUUCAAGGUGGUUGCAACAGACCGAAACGGUGAAGGAAAAUCGACUGAAGCCGAAGUGGUCGUUUUAAUAGCCUAUCCAACGGUCGCUAGUCCAUCAUCGACGGAAGAUUUGUCACAUGUUGAUAAGGCAUCUACAGUGAGUUCCUUGGAAUCGCCUGUUACAUCGGAAAUUCAGCCGUCAGUUGAUAAUCGAGUGACCGAAGAGGAAAAUCUUGACAGUACUCUUUCUAGUGUCCUGAAACCCACACAGAGUCUUACAACACCAAACGAUAUCGACUCCAGAACGGUAAAGCAAAGCAGUUCAGGGAUAAUACCUCUGCCCACUCCAUCAUCUUCGAAACAAUCAUCGAAUCACGCUCCAACCUUCCCAUAUCCACUCUACAAAUCCCUGAUGCCAGAAGGUCGCUACGGAAGUGGAACGGUUCUUUCGAUGAAACCAGCUGGAAUCAGAGCCGAGGACGUCGAUGAGGUGAGACAUGAUUCAUCGUUUCCCAGGAUUGAAGAGCACAUUCACUAUGCAUUUAAUUCACUGAAUUACUUUUAA